UAAGAUGACAUUUAGUUGUUGUGAAGAGAAGCCUUGUUAUUAUUAUUAGAGAACAAAAACAAAGACUACCUCUUCCAACCUGAUUUUCCUAUAUUUGUGGGGUGCUACUACAAGCUGUAUAGAUAGAGACUUUUCUUUCCUUCAUUCAUUCAUUCAUUCAUCCAUUUUCUCUUAUCUUUGCCAUGGGAAAUUGUCAAGCUGUGGAUGCUGCUGUUCUUGUGAUUCAACAUCCUUGUGGGAAGAUAGAUAGAUUGUAUUGGCCAGUUACUGCUAGUGAGGUUAUGAAAACAAACCCAGGUCACUAUGUUUCUUUGAUUAUUCCAUUACCUGUUCUACCAGAAGAGCAGAAUCAAGAACAAAAGACUGUGAAGUUUACUCGUGUUAAGUUGCUUAGGCCUAAUGAGACUCUUAAUCUUGGUCAUGCUUAUAGGCUCAUUACUAAUCAAGAGGUUAUGAAGGUGUUGAAGGCAAAGAAGCAUGCAAAGAGUAAGAAGACACAGGAAGAUGCAGUUCUGCCAGGUUAUGAGACAAAGAAAGGAGAGGAAUCUGACCAAGGAAACACAUAUCAGGGAGGCAGAGCAGAGAGACACAAGCAAAGAGGAGGGUCUACAAAUCCUGCUGCUGUGCAGAGGUCAAAAUCUUGGCGCCCUUCUUUACAAAGCAUCACGGAGUCACCAAAAGUUUAAUAAUGACUAUUAAUUGUCUUCCUCUAUAAAUGUUGAAUGUUCCUCAUGGAUGGUUCCUGGUAAAUGGGAAUUAAUGGAAAUUCAACUGAGGUUUGAACCGAGAUUACUCUUCCAUCAACAAAUGAUGCAUUCUAGCUGCAAAACCAUGCUAGAAUGAGUAACAUGUUUGUAUAGCAACAACAAGAAUGGAAUGAAAAGUAAUGAAUGUGAAUAUCUAUUAGAAUUGA